AUGACUACAUACCAUCGUAAAAUAACAAAACGAAUGUUUUGUUCACCUCUCAUCUGUUAUAUAUGUGGUGAUGGAGCACGAGGUAUAAAUUUUGAUGUUAUCACUUGUAUGUCUUGUAAAGCCUUUUUUCGACGAAAUGCAUUACAAUCAUUAAAUGUAUUACGAUGCAGAUGUAAAUCUAAUUGUGAAAUAACAAUAGAAACACGAAAGAAUUGUCCUGCUUGUCGAUUACAAAAAUGUUUGAAAUUUGGUAUGAAAUCCAAAUUAAUUCGUUUGGAUUCUCUAGCAUUUACACAAGACAUACAAUUACCAAGACCUCGACCAUUAAAUCUUCUUCAAAAUGAUUAUUCAACAUUUACCGUUGAUCAAUGGAAUCUUUUAUCUAAUGUUAUCAAUGUUUGUAAUGAAUAUAACAUUAUAAAUGAUAUUAAAUGUUUACUUAUAGAAUAUUAUUCUUUACCAGUUCGAUUACGUGUAAAACCAUUAAUAGCAUUAAGUUAUAUGAAUAAAUCUCUUUCAACUAUUCAAACAAUACUUAAACGAUCACCUUAUUUUCAUUCAUUAUCAUUAAAUUCUCGUCGAUCACUUAUACAGAAUAAUAUAUAUCUUACAACUAAUUUAAAUUCUAUUUUUGUUAGUUCUGAAAUUGAUCGUUGGAAUAAUAUGAAUUUUGCAAUGUCAUUUAAUACCUUACUUGGAACUGAUUGUUUUACCCAAUUUUCUGCAAUAUUAAAACGAUUAGAUUCAAAUUGUAUAUCUAUGAAAUUAAUGUUAUUUAUUAUUGUUUUCUCAAGUAAUUGUUCUAUUAUUAUCUUUAAUAAUCAACAAAAUCUUAAAAAUAAAUCAACUUCAAUUGAAUUAAUACAAAUUCAAAAUAUAUUUGUAACUUUACUAUGGAAAUAUUUAAUUUAUCAAUACGGAUAUACGGAAGCUAUACGUCGUUAUUGUUCUCUCAUAAAAUUUGUAUUGGAUAUUCUGUGUGAAAACGAAAAAUUAACUAAUAAUGAAAUUUAUCAUCAAAUACUCAAUACAUUUAUAAUACAAACAGAAAAUUUGUUAAUUCUAUAA